AUGUUCGCACAAGAACCGGAUCAGGAAGUCAAAGUAGUGUCCAACCGGGAUACUAUGCUUCUAGCAAUCGAGGAUUUCCUGCCUUUCGUACUGUCAGAUGAAGUGAAAAACAACUUAAUCGAUAUAAAGGCACGUCGUCAUCAAAUUCUAACAAAGAUACACGCAGUGAGGGAACUAAGUAACGUAUUUGAUAAUGACAGAAAUACUCAUGGGUUAUUUCACGCUGGUGUCGAUAAAAAAGUUGAUGUCUUGGUUGACCUCGGCGGAUUAUACCAGGUGCAAUCUGUUGAAGUUGUUUCGGAUCAACCUGAGAAGCUGAAUCAAGCAGUUAGCAUUGGUUACGGAUUGGAUAAAAACACGACAGAUUUAUUUGGAUCUUCGUACAAGUGCUCAGUUCAGAAAACAACAACACUUUGUGUGCCUGCUUGCAAUGAAUAUGAUAGUUCACGUCCUGGCUUUGUUGGCAAUAGUCUGUUAUGGACAUUUCAGUCCGAAUCAGAAGGAUGGACUCGCAUUUAUGACUUACUGAUAAGUGGGAUUCCGUUCGAUCAAAGUCGCAGCAUGAAGAAUAAUGUUGAUGAUAUUACAUUGUUGAAGCCAUACGUCGAUCAUUCAGUUCCACCUGGAUCUGUUGAGUCAUGUGACGGUUCAUUAUGGCAUUUGAAUGAUGAAAGCGUUGUAGAUGCUAGUUCUACACUAAAAGCUACUGAUGAUCGUAAUGUGACAAUUUAUUUUGGGAAAACAUAUUCAGUGACAAGUGUAGUCUUGGUGACAUCAAAACAGGAAGGAAUGCCAGAUCAAUAUGUAUUGCACUUCAACGGUAUGGAGUCUAUGACUAAAGCCAUUAAUCUUCAAAAUGACUGCACAGUGGAUAAUGAUGAUGCCAAUUCAAAAGAAUAUAAUUGUCGGACAUUAGAUUUAGAAAGUUAUGCAUUUGAAUAUCUUACUGUGAAUGUGAAAGGUCUUUAUAAAAUACACGUGUUUGGAUUACCAUUUCAUUAUCCAGUAAUCAGAUUAAUUCCAUCUGAAGAGAAGGACAAGUCGGUGAAUGAUACUUUAUUAAAACUCAGUUGUUUAGCGCAAUCAUGUGAUUCAACAGCUUCAUUUGAAGGGAACAGAUAUCGUAAAUCAAGUGCUUCAGCUAAUUCGUGUCCUAUGAAUGGCCAUAUCAUACGAUGUGAAUAUCUGGACUUAUCGCGUUUAUCUCUGAAAAGUACAGAGAAGAAAGGACUAACAAGUCAAGGGGUGAUAAACACGGAAAUCAGUUCAAUUAUGACAGGGUUAACAGUCAUGGAAUCGAAUACAGAAAAACUGAUUGUCACUGUGCCAAGAACACAUCAGUAUUAUGGACAAUAUCAAUGUACUUGCAAGACCACUGAUAGUAAGAAUUCACAACUUUUGUCUCCGCCCACAAAUCUUCAACCAUCGGAUUUCGAUCAAGAUUUCAUAUUUCAAAAGAGUUAUACCGCCGUAUUUGUUGAGCAAAAUAUCGAACCGCAUGGAGGAUUCAUUGAAUUGCCAGAAAAUGACCAAGAAGGCUAUUUCAAGCUAUUCGUAGUCGGUCAUAGUCUUCUGAAGGAUAUCCAUAUGGUAGUGACAUCUACAGAAGGUGGACAACAAGGAAAUAGAACAGACACGGUCAUACAUGAAACAACGAUACAGGCAUUUUCUGAAAUUCAAGAGGAUUCGGAAUUGUGGUCAAUCCCAGCCUAUAAAUAUGAAUCGCAGGACGCCUGGCCAGAUGCAGUCGAUGACAAUGUGGUUACGAUUACAUGGAGUUUACCAAAAAAUGCACCUUCAGCAACGCAGUCUGUGAUUAAGGAUGUUUUCAGAGCAUUGAUUAUUUCGCCCAGUGCAGUAAACACAAUUCGUGCUUGGGUUUGGCAAAGAGAUUCUCAUUUGCUAGAUAUCAGAGCUUAUCAUCAGGUAGAUGAAGGUGCUGAAGGCAGUCAUCCCAAGACGUUAACCCUACAACGUACUGGUUGUUCUAGUGAAGAUGAAGGUUCCACUGUGGCAUCAGUACGGCUUGAAGGUGGACAGUGUGUCACAGAAAAUGAAGAUAUCGUUAAAUGUACACGUACAACUCACGGUCAAGUAAUCCAAUUCACAUUAAAAGAUCCAACUACAUCAGAUGAAUAUAAAUUACAUAUGAAAAGUGGAAGUGAUGAGUCAAGUAUAGAUUUGGUUACUUCUAGUGCACUAAGUGAAGCAGUUAAGGAAGAUAUAAAAGAUGCUGAUUUAAGUUUGACUGUUGAAGGUAUUCAACAUGAUCAGGCAACGCAAGAAACUGAAAUGGAUGUGGCUGUUCAUAUCGGUUCCAAAGUAAUCGCAGAUAAUGCUGCUUGUAGACCAACUUAUGUAAUGUUAGAGUUUAGUGAACCUAAAAUUGAAAUGUUGAAAUCCAAGGUCUCCGGCGAACAGACGACGUUUCGAGUAAAACUUCCUGCAAAUCAAAAAGACAUCAACUUGGAGGUACAUCUGCUAGUUGGUUCAGUAGAUCCUUCGCUUGCUGAAGCCAGUUUAAAACAAUCUGUUACCUUAAGAAUCCAUCCUACAUUUUCGCCGAUAUCGUAA